CGUCCGUCAACCGGUCGUCGUGUGCGUUGUUGCGCUUGCCGUCGUCGAUGUUUCAGUGCGUGCGUUUGUUUUUUUUUUAAUUUCCGUUUUGUGUUGUGCGUUACUUACGAAAUCGGCAUAUAUAUUCUACGCUUUUGAACGUCGAGUCGCCGACCGAAAGCCAAAAAUCGCUGGACCGUUGGAUAUUUUACAGUUAACGCGUAACCGUGUGUUGAUCAUGAUGACGCCGUCGACGCGUCCGCCGCCGACGGACGGACCGUCUUGAACGUCGGUCGCGGUCACAUAUGAAACCGAUCACGUUCGAAAAUCUCCGGCGGCUGAUCGGCGGCCGCCGGAAAAACAAGGACCGCAACGAUCAGUCGCCGUUCAAGCGCAGUGAAUCGUUCAAGCGGAUAUCCAUCAGGAGGAACUAUCUGGAGGGUCGCGGCCAGAAGGGAGGCAGGAAUCCCACCAGGAAACAUUUGCCACUCCCGGAGCCGCCGGUGGCGUCCGAGGGUCGCGACCGACAGGAGCCGGACGUCCAACGGAGGAGGUCCGUUACUCCGCCACCUCCGGCGUCGCCACAGCCGCCGUCGUCCCGUCGACCUACCGCCCGAGUACCCGAAGUGUCAUCUGCAAUAGCGGCGCCGGUCAUCGAUUACGGCGAGUGGAUCCGGUGCAUAAGAGCCGAAGAAGACCUGAACAACCUGAAGAAGAUCGUUUCGCCCCCGACGCCGCCCAACAGAUACUACAGGGACAGGUACAAGGAGCUGGACGACAGCAGCCGAGCCGACUCGGCUAUCAGUCUGGGCCGCAUAUGGAUGGACGCGCCCAUGUUACCGCCGGCCGCGCCCCGUAGUCUAGAGUUGCCGGCCCGGCCGGUGACGGACAACGAGCGCCGGGCCCACCAUUCGCUGGAGAGUGCCCUCAAGGACAAGCGCGAUGACCGGCCCGUACCCAACCGCCGGUUCCACCGGUACCCUCACGUGGACUGCAAGUCGGCGUCCCGUUCGUCGAUAGCCACGUCCACGUGCUCCGGCAAGGACUCCGGGUUCAGCGUGUCCGCGCCCGGUCUUUCGGACCCGCCCCAACCGUCGCGGCAGUUGUUCCGUAAAAAAGCGUCCAAACAGCGGCCGUCCGUCUCGGCGGCGCAACAACAGUACGUCUCGCCGUCCGUCUCGUCGCAAGAGCUUUACCAGGUCGUGGUGGCCAGGGCGCCGCUACGGCACCACCAACAGCUCAAGUUGGACCCGAUGAUGUUCGUUGCGCCCGAAAAACGACGUGCGACCGCCGUCGUCCAACCGAAGCGGCCGGUAGUCGAGAUCCGAGACUACUGCGUGCCCAAGGACGCCCGUCUGGAAUUGCAGGAUGACGAGGAUCAGCGACAAGAGCUGGAGGAAAGACUGUACGAGUCGAUAUCCAAGGGUCGUUGCCGGUGGCAGGACACCACGGACGACGCGGACACCGAAGACGAUCGGACGGUCAUCCCUAGAGUCGUUAUAUUCGCCGGUGCCGCAUCUAAUUCCAACGCGGCUGUCGCAAGAAACCGCGUCAAGAGGAAAAAGUCAGCACGACGCAACAUCAAAUAUGUGGUGAAACCUGUCCGGAGGGCGCCGUCGACUGCGUCCCGGAAACCCAGCGUGGCCGCCAAAACCAAAUCCGCCUGGAUAUCAAGUGACAUUACGCAGAAAGGGUAUGAGAAGAAGAGAACGAGGCUUUUGGCUCCUCAUGUUCCAAAACAGACCCAAGCUGCUCCCCCUUCGUCGGCCUCCUCCAACAGCAGCAGCAAACAGCCGUGCGCCCAACAUCAGCAUCAUCAGCACCGCACCAGGCGCACACAAAGACGGGUCACACAUAAUGAAAAAAGAUAUCAUUCAGAAGUACGACAAGAAGCGGUUCAGCAAGCUCUGGCCGCCAUGCAAUCCAGACCUAAACCGUCUUUGCCGAUGCCAAGUAAACGCACUUCGGUCAUGGCUCGUAGCCCGGACCGAUCGGGAACCGCCCGAAACGAAACCGAUUCCAGUUCGGACGAUGACAGCGUAGGCGAUCAGGCGCCCGGCAAAGACGUCAGAGACGGUCGAGGAAGCGGUGGCCGAGGAGGACGGAGUAGUGGCGCUGAAACCAGCAGUACCGGCGGAUCGGCCAGGGACACACAGCCACCACACCCCAAGACGACUCACUCGACGACCGCUCAACAACAACAAUUAUUAAUUCAACAGCAAUUACAACAGCAGCAGCAGCAACAACAACACAGGCAUCAUCACCAUCAUCACCAUACAAAGAUCCCUAACGGCGCUCCCGGAGGUGGCGUGUCCAGCAACAACGUGCCUAGCUACUGGGACGAGUCCAAGACGAUUAUUGAGUCCAAGGCUGAGCAAGACAAGCUUCUCAAGCGCAGCAAACCCGAAGUGACUGAAGUCGCCGACGCGCUGCACAAUAACAUCCGACCUCCGUACCCUCAACCCCCAGACGUGACCAACAACGUGACGCAAUCCAGGAGAUACGCCCCCGCCGACCGGGUAAACCGGUACAGCAGAGAUUCCAGACAGUCGUCCAGUGACGACGGCAUGGGCACUGUGUCCAGCAGCGGUCGUUGGAAAGUGUCGGCCAAAAUACAGCAGUUGCUCAACACCCUGAAGCGACCCAAAAGGCGACCGCUGCCGGAGUUCUACGAGGACGACGACAUGGAACUGGAGAUAGCAGCCAACCCCAAAGAUCCGAACGCGCCUCGGCCCGAAGGAGCUUACAUGACUCCGGCUGUGGGUGAACCACUAUCCGUGCCGUCCGGACUGCCGCGAAAUUUGGAAGCCGCUCUCCAACGAUACGGUUCGAGCACGUUCAAAGCGCCGGUCGCAACCGUCCUGGAUCCCAACGGCAAAUUAAGCAUCACAUUGUCCUACGGUAAACUCCUAAGCAGAUCUCACAAAGUGGCCUACACCCUGUUGAAUCGUCCUCUAGUCAAGGGCAACGGUGGCGGAGAGUGUCUGAAGCACGGCGACCGUGUAGCUCUAGUCUAUCCAAAUAGCGAUCCGUUAAACUUCUUGUGCUCGUUUUACGGAUGUCUUUUCGCCGGCAUCGUGCCCGUACCAAUCGAAGUGCCAUUGACUCGCCGGGACGCCGGUUCUCAACAAAUCGGGUUUCUGCUGGGUAGUUGCGGCGUGCAGGUCGCACUCACGUCGGACGCGUGUCUUAAAGGUCUGCCCAAAACGGCCACCGGCGAAGUGGUGGCUUUCAAGGGCUGGCCGAAGCUGCAUUGGUUCGUCACCGAACACCUGCCCAAAACCCCCAAAGACUGGUGUCCGCCUCCGCACAUUGGCGAGGACAGCCCGUCUUACAUAGAGUACACCACCGAUAAAGACGGCUCGGUGAUGGGCGUCAGCGUCAGUCGCACGGCCAUGUUGAACCAAUGUCGGGCGCUGACCCAGGCCUGCAAUUACACCGAAGGCGAUACCAUGGUGUGCGUGUUGGACUUCAAACGGGAGACCGGGCUUUGGCAUUCGGUGCUGACUUCGAUACUGAACGGAAUGCACGUCAUCUACAUACCGUACGCGCUGAUGAAAGUCAAUCCGGCCUCGUGGAUGCAAAUGAUAACCAAGUACAGAGCUAGCGUGGCCGUUGUAAAAUCCAGAGACCUGCAUUGGGGCCUGUUGGCGACCAAAGACCACAAGGACAUAGUGCUGAGUUCGUUGAGAUUGCUUUUGGUCGGCGACGGCGCUAACCCGUGGUCGCUGUCUUCGUGCGAUCAAUUUUUAGCGGUGUUCCAACCCAAAGGUCUGCGGCCCGACGCUCUAUGUCCGUGCGCUUCCUCUAGCGAAUGUCUCACGGUGUCAGUACGAAGACCCGGCAGAGCUGGAGUGAACGCCACCGGCCGGGGCGUGCUGUCCAUGUCAGGUCUGAGUUACGGCGUGGUGCGAGUAGACCAAGAGAACUCUCUGACUUCGCUGACGCUCCAGGACUGCGGUCAAGUCAUGCCGAAUUGUUCGAUGAUUGUCGUCAAAAUGGACGGUAUACCAUACAUGUGCAAAACUGACGAGGUAGGAGAAAUAUGCAUGGGCGGCCUGGGAACGACCACGUGCAACUAUUGGGGCCUGCCCGGUCUGUCCAACGCCACGUUCCGGGUGUCGCCGAUAAGCGAAGACGGCAAGCCCAUGAGCGAUACCAUAGAAUACACCCGGUCCGGACUGCUAGGGUUCCUGGGACCUGGCGGCCUGGUGUUCGUGUGCGGGUCCCGUGACGGACUCAUGACGGUGACGGGGCGCAAGCAUAACGCCGACGACAUCAUCGCCACGGUGCUGGCCGUGGAACCGAUGAAGUUCAUUUACAGAGGUAGGAUAGCGGUGUUCGCCAUUAGGGUGUUGCGGGACGAGCGCAUAUGCGUUAUCGCCGAACAGCGGCCGGAGUGCAGCGAAGAAGAGAGCUUCCAGUGGAUGUCCAGGGUGUUGCAAGCGGUCGACUCCAUCCACCAGGUCGGUCUUUACUGUUUGGCCCUGGUGCCGCCCAAUUAUCUGCCGAAAACGCCGCUGGGAGGAAUACAUUUGUCCGAGUGCAAACGUCGGUUCCUGGACGGCAACUUGCAUCCCGCCAACGUGCUGAUGUGUCCACACACUUGCGUCACCAAUUUGCCCAAACCCCGAGAAGUGCAUUCAGUGGGCGGUACCGUUUCAGAGGUGGGACCCGCUUCAGUCAUGGUCGGUACAAUAGUCCAAGGCAACCGGCUGGCCACAGCCCAAGGACGCGACAUAGGUAUCAUCGACAUGGAAUCCGACUCCAACAAAACCUAUCUGUUCAUAUCCGAAAUACUGAAAAUGAGAGCCAUCAGAGACCCGGAUCACGUCAUAUUCACCUUGUUAAACGCCAAGGGAGCGUCGGCGGCCACUAUGACUUGUUCGCAGCUGCACAAGAGAGCGGAAAAGGUGUCAAAUCUGCUGAACGAGAAAGCCAAGGUGAACACAGGCGAUCACGUAGCGCUCAUCUUCCCGCCAGGGAUCGAUCUCAUUUGCGCGUUCUACGGCUGUUUGUAUGUGGGUGCCGUUCCCGUGACCAUACGACCGCCACACCCGCAAAACCUUCAGACGACGUUACCGACGGUCCGGAUGAUCGUGGACGUGAGCAAGUCCACCUUAGUCUUGUCAAACCAGAAUGUCAUCAAGCUGCUCAAGUCCAAGGAAGCCAGCAACGUUGUCGACGUCAAAUCGUGGCCCACCAUACUGGACACAGACGACGUGCCAAAGAAGAAAAUCGUGCCGUCUUACCGGGCGCCGACCGCCGAACUGCUAGCUUACUUAGACUUCAGCGUUUCCACCACCGGAAUGUUGGCCGGCAUAAAAAUGUCGCACGCGGCCGUCACGUCGCUAUGCAGAUCUAUGAAACUGGCGUGCGAACUGUAUCCAUCCAGGCACAUUGCUUUGUGCUUGGACCCUUACUGCGGUCUGGGUUUUGCCCUGUGGUGCUUAAGCAGUGUGUAUUCUGGUCAUCAUUCUAUACUCAUACCUCCGUCGGAAAUUGAAGUCAACCCGGGCUUGUGGCUGUCGGCCGUCAGCCAGUACCAAGUUCGCGAUACAUUUUGUUCGUAUGGCGUAAUGGAACUCUGUACCAAAGGACUGGCGUCGUCCGUUGGACUUCUGAAGCAGCGAGGAGUCAAUUUGGCUUGCGUACGCACUUGUGUGGUAGUGGCCGAGGAGAGGCCCAGAAUCAACCUGACCACUUCGUUUUCUAAACUGUUUUCGGCACUGGGCCUCAGCCCACGGGCUGUGUCUACCAGUUUCGGGUGUCGCGUCAACGUGGCCAUAUGUCUACAAGGGGCGUCCAGCCCGGAACCGUCGUGUGUGUACGUGGACUUGCGGGCCCUGAGGAACGACCGUGUGUCGCUGGUGGAACGUGGUAGCCCGCACUCGCUGUGUCUGCUCGAGUCGGGCAAACUGUUGCCCGGCGUUAAAGUCAUCAUCGCUCAUCCGGACACCAAAGGCCACUGCGGAGAUUCCCAUCUGGGCGAGAUAUGGGUGCAAGCGCCCCACAACGCCAGCGGUUACUUCAGCACAUUCGGUAGCGAGACGUCGGACAGCAGUGGUAGUGGUGGCAUCGGUGGUGCUGGUGGUUCAGACCAAUUCAACGCGAGACUGGUGACCGGCAGCACGGGCGAAGUGUACGCCAGGACUGGUUACCUGGGCUUUUUGAGGCGCACCGAGUCCACAUCGACUCCUUCCAGCACGGCCUUGCACUCCACAGACACCAUCGACAUCAUGUCCCUGAGCGACCUGUCCAUGGCCUCCUCCAACCAGUCAACUCUCAGUAGCAACGCACCCUUAGCUGUUUCUUCAACCGAAGCGCCUGAACUUCAUGAUGCCGUUUUCGUGGUCGGUGCCCUAGACGAGACUAUCAUUUUGCGAGGCAUGCGCUAUCAUCCAAUCGACAUUGAAAACAGUGUCAUGCGUUGUCAUAGAAAGAUAGCGGAAUGCGCCGUUUUUGCCUGGACCAAUCUCCUAGUGGUGGUCGUAGAACUUGACGGAAAUGAAAGCGAAGCGCUCGACCUCAUACCAUUAGUGACCAACGUUGUGCUUGAAGAACAUCAUCUGAUCGUCGGUGUUGCCGUGGUUGUCGAUCCAGGAGUUGUUCCCAUAAAUUCUCGUGGCGAAAAGCAACGCAUGCACCUACGCGACGGUUUCCUAGCUGAUCAACUCGAUCCCAUCUAUGUAGCUUAUAACAUGUAAUUGUGACCGUACCACGGGUCUAGUUUUGUUUUUAGAUAAAUUUAUUAGUUGUGAUACAUAAAAUUAUUAAUUAUUAUUAUAUGAAAAAAAAAAAAAUAAUAAAGCGUCGUACAUAGGUGACUUAAACUAUAUUACGAUAAAUAUUAUCGAAUUAAAAAAAUAAAUUAUAGAUAUUCAAAGAAACUGAUGAUACACAAAUAUAUGUUGUAUUAAUUAAUGGACUCUUCAAAAAAAAUGGUCCUAUUGUGAGAUAGUUUUUUUAUUAUUAUUAUUUUUUUUUUUUUUUUAAGUUGCCAUAUAUGUGUACGCCUGGCGGUUGUGAUAAAUUCUCGGGCAACCAUUUCUCCGCUCCUCAUCUUCGUUGCUUUUCUCCUUCGUCCAUCCCUUUUUUGACUAUUAAAUAUGACCUAGUCGUAAAUAUACAUACAUACUUACAUGAUUAUAUAUUAGAAAUUUUAAUUUAUAAACAUAAUAUAUACAACUAUUAUCAAACACUGCAAAGCUUUUCUUAUAUUCUUUUAUUAUUAAAAUAUAUAUAAAUUAAAAAAAUAAUAAUCACAAGCAAAAUUUAUAAAUAUUAAUAUAAAGUAUAUUUAUAUAAUAUAAAUAUUGUGCAAUCUUAAUUUGAUAAAAUUAUAUAUUUUGGACAUGUGCAGUAACGAUGGCGCGACACACACAUACCAUAAAAGUGUCGUCGCCCGUCGCUAAUGCCUGACGUGCCUCAAUAUUUUUGUAAAUAACAAUAUAUAAAUAUAUUUAGUAUAUUAUAUGUUUAAGUUUAAAAAAGACCCCUAUAAGAAAACAAUGUAAGUGUGACACCCGUUAUUUUUCUUCUAUUUUUUAGACAAGUCUUUUGUUUACACAAUAAAAUAAAAUUGAAAAAAUAGAUGCCAAAAUGUUGUAUUAGUGCUCAUUAUGUUUUUUUUUUUAUUUAUUAUAAGCAUAAAAUAUUAUAUUAAAACUUAUUUGGUUUUAUCUUGUGUUUGUGUGUGCAUAUUAAGUGUG